CUUCCUGUAGAAGGUGAGAUUUUAGUUGGAACUGAAGGAAACCAGGGAGGUCAGUAGUCAGAGGGGAAGAGGGAGAGCAUUCCAGGCAUGGGGGACAGCCAGGAGAAAAAAAAAGGUAUGGAAAGGUGGAGUGCCUUGUUUGUAUAACACUCAGGAGGCCAGUGGCACCGAGUAGAGGAGUAAGGUUUAAGAAGAAUGAAAAGGCAGAGUGGAGUUAGGUUACAAAGGGCUUUGACUGGCAAACAAAGCAUUUUGUGUUUGAUUCUGGAGGCAGUAGGAAGCCAUUGUUAAGGGUCAGCCAUAACAGAAGUAAAAAGGAUUUAAUGGGUUAAUUCCAAGUAAACCUUUGAAAAUGUGAGCAUCCUUUUCUGAGUGAAUCAGAGAAACAAUAUGAUUUUCAGGACUGAAAAUGAGCCACUUGCCUAUGGGGUUUUAAAUAGAUAAACCCUAGAGAAAGGUGACCAGUUUGGGUAAGUGCAAACUAGAACCACCCUAUUGGUUAUGGAAUAUAACUCCAGAGCUACUAUUCAAAAAAGACACCCCAUAAUGCAGUAGAAGAACUAGGUCAGGAGAAUUCAAUGCAUAGUUAAAGAAGCAGAGCAACACACUCCCCACAGGAGAAGAUACUGAGAGGCAGGCCCUGGAAGCGGGUAGCAGGAUUGAGAAACUGGACCCCAGGCAACAGAGAAGAGAACCAUCUACGAACUCAAGAAAUUUGAAAGUUGAUAGGUGGAAAAAAGUAGUUCCUGGAAACACAACUAAAUUCCUCAUCUAGUAGAUAUAUUUUAUCCAGGGGUCCUCUGUGAGGUCUUCACAAGAGAGAAAAAACUUCCUACAGUUCUGGGGAUGUGAAUCUCUCUGGUCAUGUGUUCGAUAUGUAUUUGGAACUCUACCAGUGUACUCUAUUUUUUCCCACUCCUCCCACAUACACUGUGUAUAUUUGUGGGAGAAUAUGUUCCUGGGUUAUGGGGGAAUGCUUUGUAGUACUGUUCAGUUACUAUUCAGUUUUAGUAAAUAAAUGCCUUUGCUAAGAACUGAUUGUGCAUACUGGCAGAUUGUUAAUGGGAAAGCAUACCAAACCCAAGUAGUGGCUUACAAAUGAGUACCCACAGGAUAACCCUAGAAUCUGAAGUGGCAGCUGUUUUGGGGAAAUCCAAACCCAAACUGAAUGCAGAUUAAAUGAGUUUCCCAGAAGAAAUGCUAUGAAAAUAAAUACAAAGUAAGUUUUAAGGGGGGAAAUGAAGGUAGAUAUCUAGGAAAAUCAUGAAAGGCUUCUUGUAGAAGAUGGCACUUGAGCUGAACCUUAUAGAGGGAGUUAAAGAUUCCUGCCUAUAAAAAAACAACACGGAAGUAGGGGAUUUAAUGUCAUGUACUGUGAGAUUCGAAUGAGACAAGAUAUUUAAAGCACUUUACAAACCUUUAAAGCACUAUAAAUUCUAGCUAUAGCUUAUAGUCACCUGGUUUUAUUGCCUGAGCCUCAGCCCCGCAUAUGCUGAGCCCAAGCGGUGUUUAGCAUAAUAUAGAGAUAUGCUGGUAAAUUUUAACAACUGGAUUCAUGGGCUGGCGGUGAAGGGGUGGGAAGGGGGUGAGGAAGGGAAGUAUGCAAACACUUUUAGAGUAGCUAAGUGAUGCCAGGCUUGAAGUCAGAGGAAAACUCAUCUGUCUGAGUUGAAAUCUGGUCUCCCACACUUACUAGCAAUGUGACUCUGGGCAAGUCACUUAAUCCUGUCUGCCUCAGUUUCCUGGACUGUCAAAUUAGCAAAUAGCCUCCAUUUCCUAAUGACAAACCACUCUAGUAUCUUUUCCAAGAAAAAUCGGACACAAUUGAUCUUGAAACGUGAGGACCAAAUGACGUAAUACUUGUAAAACUCUCUGGAAUCUUAAGAUGCCACUUAAAUGUUUAGCUGUUAUUCUCUAUAUUGAAUUAGGAAAGAGGUUAGUCCCGCAUGGUCUGUUCCUGAUGAAGCUACGCUGUAUUUCGGGGGUCACAGCUCCUUUUUUGAUAUUCGUUAAUCAUCCUCCUUAUAAUUCAGUUCGGAAGUAAAGAUCAUUGGCCCCACGUACACAGAGCGGAGAUUCUCGGGUCCCUUUUAAAAAACAACAACAACAACAACAACAAUACAUCACCUUUCCUCCUAUUCUGCUUCCCAUUAACUUUCAAAGUCAGAAGUUCCGCAAUCUCACUGGAGGGCAGUUUUAACAGGAACCAACCAACACAGGGAAUUCAAACCUCAACCCGCCCUCACCACACUUAGGCCAUGCCACGGGACAGGAAGUCCUCCCCUUUCCCUAGGACUGAUGGGGCUCGAGAGACAUACGAACCAAUCAAAAAUGCUAGACCAGAACCGGAAGUGGGUUCUAGAGGCGGGGUUAGGUCCCCGGAAGAGGCUGUAGAUGGUUCUCCGCUGGCCGGACCCGAGCCGUCGCCGCUCAAGCGGCCUGGCUAGGGGGCGCAGGAGGCGACUAAGCUGCCAAGGAUGAAGGUGAGGCCCUUAGUCGGGUUCUGGGGAGGGCCGGCCGCUGUGUUCGGCGUCGCCCUGGCGGCCCGCGUGGCCCUAAUCUUCUAUGGCCUCUACCAGGACCGUACCCUAGUGGUGAAGUUCACGGACAUCGACUACCGAGUGUUCACGGACGGGGCACGCUUGGUGAUGGAGGGUCGCUCCCCGUACCGGAGAGCCACGUACCGAUACACGCCUCUGCUAGCCUGGCUCCUCACGCCCAACAUCUCCCUCUCCGAGCUCUUCGGCAAAUUUCUCUUCGUCAGCUGCGAUUUGCUCACCGGCUUCCUCAUGUUCCGCCUCCUGCUCCUCACUGGUCUGAGCCCCUCACGGGCGUGCGGCUACUCCUCGUGGUGGCUGCUCAACCCGCUGCCCCUAGUGGUGUCCAGCCGGGGCAACGCAGAGUCGCUCAUCGCCGCUCUGGUGCUGACCGCGUUGUACCUUCUAGAGAGGAGGAAUGUGGUAUGGGCUGCCUUGGUCUACGGCCUGGCGGUGCACAUGAAAGUGUACCCGGUGACCUACCUCCUUCCCAUAGCCCUGUAUUUGCAGACUGCGUCUGGGGAGUUGGAGAAGGACCGCUCCAAGUCCCGUGUUUGGGGACUGGCCAGGAGGCUAUGGAAUCGGGAUGUGCUGCUCUUUGGAGUGGUUGCUGGACUCACAUUUUUUACCCUCGGCUUAGUCUUUUACUAUAGAUACGGUUGGGAAUUUUUGGAGCACACUUAUCUCUAUCACCUUACCAGGCGAGACAUAAGACACAAUUUUUCCCCUUACUUCUACAUGCUCUAUCUGACAGCAGAGAGCAAAUGGAGUUUUUCACUGGGACUGGCAGCAUUUUUGCCACAGUUGUUGUUGCUUGUAGUUGUGUCUUUUGCUUAUUAUAGGGACCUUGCCUUCUGUUGUUUCCUUCACACUGCCAUUUUUGUAAGUUUUAAUAAGGUCUGCACUUCCCAGUAUUUUUUAUGGUACCUCUGCUUACUGCCUCUUGUGAUGCCACAAAUGAGGAUGUCCUGGAAGAGAGCUAUACUCCUUCUUGGGCUGUGGUUUAUGGGACAAGCCUUAUGGCUGGCUCCUGCUUAUUUCCUUGAGUUCCAAGGAAAAAACACCUUUUUGCUCAUUUGGUUAGCUGGUUUGCUCUUCCUUUUUAUUAACUGUUAUAUACUGAUUCAGAUUAUUUCUCAUUAUCAGUUGGGUAAGUUGGCCAAGAAAAUCAAAUCCCAAUAAUGGGUAAUAUUGAUGAUAUGGUGUUUCUGUGAUUUAUGCCCAUUAAAUGGGCCACUAAAGUAUUUUUUUAAAUGUUUUAACUUAAGCUUAGAGCAUUUUUAUCAACCCUCCCCCCAAAGAUGUUCAGUUUGGGUCUCAAAACUUAGUUCAAGCCAAAAUCUGAAGUAGAGUGGAGGGAGAAAACUGGAAAGAUUGUUGCUUCUUGUGGAUGCAACUCCUUGGAAGAAUACUAGUAAAGGAGAGUUAAGCUUUAAUAGAAUAACCCUUCACUUACCCUUUUGGGGCACACUAUUGUAAAGGAUGAAUGAAUGUACUCAGUUGCCAAAGAAAUACUUAGUAUAAGUAGAAAUCAUUUACUGCAAGAUUGAUGCCAAUGGGAGUUUAGUCCAACAGAAUCCAUUUAAUAAGCCUAGUGAGUUUACUAUGCCAUUCCAUUAUGUCUUCGGUUAAAUAAAAAUUUAACCUCCAAGCAUUCUCUUUUAUAAAAUGGAGUUAACAAUCACCAGCCUGACAAAGUUGUAAUAACAACUAAAAAAACUCUGCUAAAUAAAACAUUUUGGGAUUAGGUAAAAUAUUUUUUUCUUUUAAAUAAAGUUGAGUGGGAGUUUGCAGGGAAUAGAUGCCAGGACCUUUCCAUUUGACUUGAAGCUGAACAAGUGUGCUGUUUUCCUGUUAGAAUGUGAGCUCCUUGAGAGCAAGGACUGUUGUACUUUUCUUUCUGUAUAUCAGAGCUUAGCAUAAUGCUUUGUGCCUGUAAGUGCUUAAUGAAUGCUUUUUCAUUUGAUAAUCAUAUUUCAGUGCUACUUGGUUUGUUUUGUCACUGGGUCUUUUUUGCACUUUACUAGUGUUGACAUGUAACUGAUUUUCAGUGACCAAAAAUUUUAUUACAUAUUUAAAUCUGAAAAAAAUACAUUUUUGUAAUAUAUUUUUAUAGAUUCAGAGAUAUCUGUUCUUUAGGCUUUUGUUUGUUUAUAUGAAAGUGAUAAAUAAACUCCUUUAGGAUUUUAGAGUCA